AUGGCAGUCUUUCUAAACGUGUGUUCUAAAUGCUUUUUAGAGUUGGAGGACCUGGCAGAGCAUGGGAUUUCCUUGCCUCCUAAUAUGCAAGGACUGACAGACGAACAGAUAGAAGAGUUGAAAUUAAAGGAUGAAUGGGCAGAAAAAUGUAUGCCCAGUGGUGGAAGUGUCUUUAAAAAGGAUGUCAUGGGACGAAGGAAUGGGCAUGCUCCAAAUGAAAAAAUGCAGCAAGUUAUAAGAAAGACAAUAGAGGAAGCGAAGGCCUUAAUCUCUAAGAAGCAAGUUCAGGCCAAUGUGUGCCUUAAUAUGGAGAUGGUGAAAGAUGCAUUGGACCAGCUCCGAGGGGCUGUGAUGAUUGUGUAUCCGAUGGGAUUGCCUCCACAUGAUCCAGUUAGGAUGGAGUUUGAAGAUAAAGAAGACUUGUUGGGAACUCAUGCUGGACUUGAAGUUAUAAAAGAAUCAGAAGCACAAUUAUGGUGGGCAGCAAAGGAAUUGAAAGAAACAAAAUUGCUCUCUGAUUAUGUAGGCAAAAAUGAAAAAACAACCAUCAUUGUCAAGAUACAGAAAAAGGGGCAGGGAGCUCCAGGACGUGAGCCUGUGAUCAGUCAUGAAGAGCAAAAGCAGAUGAUGCUGUAUUACUACAAAAAGCAGGAGGAGUUUAAGAAACUAGAAGAGGAUGAUGACGACUCCUUUCUAAAUGCUGAGUGGGCUGAUACCCAUGCUUUGAAAAGACAAUUUCAUGGUGUGAAAGACAUCAAAUGGGCGCCCAGAUGAAGUUCUGCAAACAC